GCUUUGGCCGCAUAGUGAAGUGCCUCUCACGUGCGUCCAGCGCGCGGCUCCAGGAUGACAGGCGACGGGAACAGGCCACGCGGGCUGGUGCGAUCUGCAGCGGUGAUGUUGCUCCUUUUUUCUUUGGCCCCGAGUUUAAAUUGUUUCAGCGUGAGGGGACUGGGCAAAAACGCUCACCAGGACACGACGGACGGCGCAGCUGCAGUGACUAGAGGACGGAUCGGACACAUUAUAUUUGGGAACGCGAACAUACCGCCGUGGUCUUCCUUUGAAGGUAACGGCGGAUCGGCGCAUGUUGACUUGCCCCAGGCUGACGGCACAGGGGCGCUGGGACAGAGCUGGCAGCAGCUGAGCCCCCAAGAAGCCGCAUGGCGGCGCUUGAAUCCCAGCCUGUCCUGCGGCGCGACCAGGAUGAAGCUGAGGGCCAUGGGACCGGGAGCCGCCAAUCUACAGCUGGACAUGGGCCAGGUCAACGGCGUCGCGCGCAGCCUCCCUCUGAUCCACGUGCCCAGGUCUUGCGGCUACACGAUGCGACAGAAUGCGCUUGGUCUGGUUUUGCUGGUUCCCUAUGACGGCUGCGGUGUGACUCAACAGAAUGGAAACUACGUGCUGCCAAUGAGUUGGCAGCAAAAUCCAGUUAAACUCGCCUGCCCGACGUUGCAGAACGACCCAACAGUUCCUCAAACUACGGCUGCAACCACCACCACCACCACAUCACCGCCAACCACAGUACCUCCUACCUAUCCUUUCCAAAACUUCCCUUAUGACCCGUUGUAUUCUCAAUUCCAGUGGGCACAGCAAUGGCCGCCGGCCGAUGCGACUACUUCUCAGCCCACCACCACCCCCACAACGGUGCCGCCUGCGAUGAAUCCUGCAGUAAAUCCCAAUUAUCCACCCUACUUCUAUCCUCCCCCUAAUUGGCCACAGCAAUCUCUGUACGUGGUGCCGCCGGCCAAUCCUGCUCCAACAACUCCACCUACGACUCCUGCUCAGCCAGCCACAAUGCCGCCCCCUGCUGUGAAUCCCAACUAUCCACCCUUUCCUUAUCUGCCUUAUUAUUCUCCCCUUUCUUGGCCACAGCCCAUGCUGGCACCAGCCACUACCCCUGAUGCCGCUACUACGCCACCGACCACAAGCACAGAGCCAACCUCAACUACGGAGUCAACCACAAAUGCCCCACCCACAGUGAACCCUCCUAUGGAUGAAUACCUGUACUACCAAUAUCCAUAUUUUUGGUUUGGCCCCCCCUCAAGUCUUGACGCUGCAGGAGGUGCUGCACCAGCAGGCGGCGCUGCAGCAGGAGGUCCAGUUGCUGCACCAGCAGACGCUGCAGUUGUUACGGCACCUGCAGAAACUACUACAAUGCCGCCCACGACGACUCCUCCCUCUACUGAAAUGCCUACUCAGCCAUCACUCCCAGCAGACUACCCUAACUAUCAGUACUACCCAUCUGGAUUCCCUGGUCAGCCUGGACUUUACUACCCACUCAAUUACCCUCAAUACCCACAAAGUCCCACAGAUUGUGCCAUGCAAAGUGACACGAGUGCCUCAUGUCCCAACAAAAUGCCCGGCAGUAGCAGCUACUUUGACUUGAGUGCCUAUUACCCAUACAGCUGGAAUCCCUUUCUUCACUACCCAUGGCACAGAAACAAGCACUUUCCGUCUUCCUGGAGAUACAGGAUUCCUGCUGGCUACCUACCUGGAGUCCAAAGUCUUGUACAGCCAUACCCAGGGUUUUUGUACCCACAACCUAUGCCCUGGUUUUCCUACCCUGGCCAACAGAUGUCUCAAGGAGUGUGAUGUCCAACUGGAGCUGAGACUUUUCAAUAAAUGUCUUACUGAAAAUGA